UUGGGGAGAUGCUAAUAAUUAAAAACAACAUUAUUGUAUUCCUCUUUUGCAUUAAUCAAAAAGAAAAAAUUUAACUCACGAAACUAGAUUAGCGUUAAUACUCUAGGAACUACAUUCAUAUGGGUUUAUAUGAAAAUACGCAACAACAUUGCUUACGUUUUUUAAAGAAAUUCAAAUAAUCAAAAUAAAUUCAUAGAUCUGCGUACGAUUUUCCAAUCUACGUUUCGUUGUUGAUCAAUCCACGCUUUGGUGCUUUUUGAACUUUAGUCAACUGUCAAUGUCAUCUUUAACUGUCAAGUUUUCCGAUUGUUAUUGUAUAGCAUUAUUAGUAUUGCAUUUUUAUCGUGGAUGGAAUUGGUUAUUUAAAUUUAUAAUUUCUCGUGCAAAAUGUCGUAUAAAAAAGAAGACUUAAAGGUGUACUGGAGUAAAAUAAACUAUGCAUUCCCGAUCCUCAAUGACACGAUCUUCAGUGACUGCAGCAACACUGAGUACGACGAAAUCCAGCAAAUUAUCAUCGGUCUCGGUAUUCAGAUCAAAAUACGGGACCUUGUACUUGUCCAUGUUGAGAAAUACCUUCGGCAGCAUGUUGCCCCUUCGUUUUGGUCGAAAUUCGUUAAAGUGGAGGAGGAUGUGAAAGGAUUUCAACUGUUCAAGUCUGCGGUGAACGAUCUCUACGACUCCGUAACAAAUUUCUCAGGAAUGCUACAAAGAUUAACCUUACUCAACAACAGCUGCAGUGAUAAUAAACCUAUAUAUGGAGAGAAAGAUAUAGUUUCUGGGUUUAAACAACUGCUUAGAGCAACUCUUCUAUCUCAGUUGCCAUUAGACUUCCAAGUAAUCAUAAAUUGUUUCUACAAAGUUUCUUUUAAUGUUUUUGAUAAUGAAUAUGAGAGCUCUGACAUGGGUGAAGAUGUCAUGUGUUCAGGAUGCCUGAAUGAGUGCUCAGACUGCAAUUGUAUGUACAUAGUGAAGGUGUUCCAUGAUACUAACAGGAAACUCAUGGAGUUACAACUACUUGAAAGACUGACUGGACAAGUUUUAACAAACUUCAUACAAAUGAGAAUAGAAUCUCAUAUACAGAAACUUUGCACAGGAACAUUUGAUGUGUCACACAUAGGGUUUUUAGAAAAUUGGCUAGAAACAACUGUCAUGUCUUGGUUAACUAGAAUAUACUGUGGAGGAUCAUCAAAACCAUCUCCAGAUGAUAAAAAUACUCUAAAUGCUAUAUCUAAGUUCAAGCAAAAGUUAAGCUACUUCCUUUAUCACAGUUAUACCAAAUUGAGAAUAGACCAGUUAUUUAAUAUUAUAAUAGAAUACCCAGACUCACAGCCUGCUGUUGAUGAUAUAAAACUCUGUCUGGAGAAGACUGAUCUCAGAUCUACUCUAUGUAAAAACUUGCAAAGUGCUCUGGAAACAAGGUUGUUACAUCCUGGUGUGAACACACCUGACAUAUUGACUGCAUAUGUAACUACUAUAAGGGCACUGAGACAUUUAGACCCAUCUGGGGUAAUACUUGAAACUGUCACAAAACCUGUAAGAAACUAUUUGAGGAACAGAGAUGACACAGUACGUAGUGUAGUCAGCAGUUUGACAGAGGAAGGAGCAGGCAGUGAGUUGGCAGAAGAGUUAGUGAAGUUUGCAGCAGAAGCUGAUGGAGACAGUGACAAGGAUGAGGCAUGGGAUGAUUGGAACCCAGACCCUGUUGAUGCAGAUCCCACAGUUGACUCAAGUGACAGAAGAGCUAAUGAUAUCAUAUCCAUGCUGGUCAAUGUAUAUGGUAGCAAGGAACUGUUUGUCAAUGAAUAUAGGACUUUGUUGGCAGACAGGCUGUUAGCACAAAAUGCCAUAAACACAGAAAAAGAAAUAAGAUACCUUGAACUGUUGAAGUUGAGAUUUGGUGAGUCACAACUACAUUUCUGUGAAGUUAUGCUCAAGGAUAUAUCAGACUCUAAAAGAAUUAAUGCUCUGAUUCAGCAAGACAAAGAAAUUGAAACCUUGAACAAAAAGUUUACAUCCAAUGCCAUGAUACUGUCAGCACAGUUUUGGCCUCCAUUUAAAGAUGAGAGUUUGGAAUUGCCUGAAGAAAUAAAGCACCAUUUAGAAGCAUACACAAAAUCAUUUGAGGCUUUGAAAGGAAACAGGACAUUAAGUUGGAAACCACAUCUUGGUAAUGUGAACAUAGAAAUAGAAAUUGGAGAGAAGAAAUUAGACUUGACAGUUUCUCCAUUCAAUGCCACACUGAUUAUGCACUUCCAGAAUAAGCCAGAAUGGACUAUAGAGGAACUUCAUCAGGUCAUGAAGGUGCCUGUAACUAUAUUGAGAAGAAAAAUAACAUACUGGCACUCAAUGGGCCUCAUAACUGAGAAAAGUCCAGAUCUCUUUGUUUUGGUUGAUGGUACUGACGGAAACAAAGCUAAUGUAGCAACAAAUCAAGUGCAGGAGAUGAUAUGCGAGGACGAUGAAACUGAGAGUGUGAUGGCGUCAGCGCAUGACCAGAGGGAAGGGGAACUGCAAGUGUUCUGGUCCUACAUUUUCGGAAUGCUCACAAAUUUAGACAGCCUUCCUCUGGACCGUAUCCACCAAAUGUUGAAGAUGUUCGCGUCACAAGCUCCAGGCACAGAGUGCUCUCUUCAAGAACUCAGACAGUUCUUGGAUACUAAAGUAAGAACCCAUCAGCUGGUCUUACAGGGUGGCAUGUAUAAAUUACCUAAGACAUAGUUACUGUAAGAAUAUAAACCUUGCAAUAGAA